UAUUAGAGACACUUGAUUGACUUUGUGGAAUUCAUUAAACUUUGAUUUCAGAUAUUUUCAAAAGAGAAGAAGAAAACAAAAAUAAAAUAAAUACCGAUGAAAAUGGCAGCUGGCCAAACGAAAACGAAUAAAAAACAGAACUAAUAACAUUAAUUUAAUCUUUUAUUUUUGUUAGUAACGUUUACGCGAAUACGACCAAGAACGACCUUAGAUAUUAGUGAACGUCUUCGAUUAAAGGGAAAGUGUAAUAUUUUGACAAGUGAUAAUGCUUAUUAUUAGUCAUCAAUUGAUGAUUAAAAGGUAACGAGGACAAUACCAAUACGUGAAGUUAUUUUUGUAAAAGAUGGCCAAGAAUCCACAAGAAGUGGUAUUUGAAGGCUGGCUGACAAAAUCACCACCGACAAAACGAAUCUGGAGGGCUAGGUGGAGAAGAAGGUGGUUUUUACUGACCCAUUCUGGAGAACUACCUGGUCAAUAUAUCCUCACAUAUUAUACUGAUAGAAACUGUAGGAAGCUUAAAGGAGUCAUCAAUUUAGAUCAGUGUGAACAAGUCGACUUAGGGCUAAAGUUAGAUGAAAGAAAAUUAAAAUUUGAUCACGUCUUUGAUAUAAAAACACCAACUCGUACUUACUACUUAGCUGCCGAUACAGAUAAUGAAAUGAGAUCCUGGGUGACAUGUAUCUGUAAAGUAUGUGGCUUAAAAUCUACAAGUGAAGAAGAAGAGGGACAAAUGACAGGUCCAUGUCCUGAUGUAGAAGUUACUGAAGAACCUAGUGACAGGAGAAUUACAUUAUUGAAUAAUUUUAAUGAGACACCACCAGUAUCUCCUGUUAGUACUAGUCCAUACAUUCCUAUUUCGGAGUGUAUUACUGGAAAAUCACCUAUAUUUGAUCCUAAGGAUUUUAAGACAUUACUACAGUAUAACAUGAAAAAUACGAUCUUUAAAUCUGAUCCAAUAACGCACACCAACGAAAGCUAUGAACUUCCACAAAGAAACUACUUAAAUUGCCUAAACGUUCAAGAGGAUCCUAGAUUUUAUGACUGUCCAAGGAAGCUGGGACCUCCAGUGCCAAUUCAAAAAGUUGAAUUAGAGAAUGAAAAAAAUCAUUCGCCCCUUCAAAGUCCUACAGAUUCUGAUAGUGUAUUUAAUGAUGAAGACUGGCCACACAACUCGUCAUCUGAUUUAAAUACAUCCAAGAAUACAAGAAAGUCAGAAAGUUCCGAUGAUGGAGAGAAUCUCGUAGCAACUAAAAAAUUUACUAAAUCAAAUACUAAUAAUGGAAUUACUACUGCAGCUGCUCCUCCGCCUAGGCCACCAAAACCAGCACAUAUCGCACCACUUCCAUGUUACCUUAACCUAACGCCUACUAAAACAAUCAAGGACGCAGAAAAUGAGAAUGUAAAAAGCGAAAGUCAACAGCCAAAGUUGACAGAUGAUAUGUAUGACUUCCCUAGAUCGCAUCACAUAGAAACGGAUGCUACCUUAAAACGAAGACACUGUUAUAAUAAUGCUGCGCCUGUGCCUUGCCCUGAGGGUACUAUUUUUAGAUACGAUAUUUCUCCAAAACCUACUACAAGCACAACAGUGUUUCGAUACGAUCUCGAAGAAGGUCAAGAUGAACCUCCCUCACCAGCCCAUUCUCAUUCUUCGUCCGCACCUGCCUACUCUAAUUUACCUAGUCCUUCUUUAAGUGUAACACAACUAAUGCCUCCGCCGAUGGUCAAUAGGGAGCUGAAACCAAAAAGAAAAUUAUCCGACUCACAUUCGAUUUCUUCUAACCCGGAACCACCUUCACCGAGAAGCGCACCUUCUGUCGAUCGAAAAUUAAAACCGCCAACACCCUUGCAGGAGGCUCACAUGAGAAAACAUUUUAACACAGAAGAAGACCAGCGUAAAAUUCGAGCAGCACCAAGUCCAACACCACCAAAUCUAGGUCGUUCUCAUGACAGUUUACUUUCCCAAACAGAAGGUGAACAAGUCUAUCAUUACCUUUCGGGCAAAAUGCAGUACCUGGACCUAGAUCUUGAGGGAUCCAGUGGUUCGAAUUUUACCGGCGGCAAUAGUACAAAAACGACUCCUGCUAAACAACAGGAAGAUACCGUAUAUAAAAAAGUCGAUUUUAUGAAAACACAAGCAUUUAAUAUCACCAGAAAUAUAUUAGAAAAGGAACGACAAGAACCUGUAACGUUCGUAAAAAAAUGAAAAGAAACUAUAUUGAUUUGUAUUGUUUAAACCUCUGUAUGUGCAAUUGUUGAUUAGUGCCUGAUGCACAAACACAAAUAUAUGCCUAAUGUCUUUCUCACGUUGGGGCUACAGAUUCAACUUCUUACAUAUCAACCAACAUAUUUUGUUGGAAAUUAUAAUCAAUUUUUAGUUUUUCAGGUAUACAGAUCAUCCCAAACCCUUUUUUUUUUUCAGUGCGGCACAGAUUAUCGAAUUCUCUCUAACACACUACAGUUGGAAAGGAACAGAAAAAAACGUCCUCCUCCUAAGUGUCUUCUCUAUUGUGGUUGGCGAUCAAUAGGGCAAAUUUCUCUCUGUCCCGGGUUUGAUGAAUUAAGUCAUUUCCUGUUGUGUGGCUCCAAUCUCUGAUGUUUCAGAGCCAGGAUUUUUGUUUUUUCUUAUUACCCCUUUUACCUUCGAUUUUGCCUUCUAAUAUUACCUGAAGCUGCUCAAAUUCCCUAUGGCGCAUUCGCAUUAUGUAUCCUAGAUAUGACGUAUUUAUAAUUUUUAUUGUAUUGGCCAGAUGAGGACGUGUGUUCAUUAUUUCCAGUACUUCUUCAUUCGUAGUUCUGCUAGUUCAGCUUAUUCUUAACAUUCGGCGGUACAUCCACAUUUCAAAUGAAUUCAGUUUGUUGACGUCAUACUGUUUUAAUGUCCAGGUCUCACAGUCAUACAGUAAUAGAAACCACACAUAACACUUUAGUGUUCUCAAUCUUAUUGUGACUGAUAGCUUGGGGUUACAGAGCAUUUUACGCAUGUUCAUGAAACCAGAGCUUUGGUAUUUCAAUGCUUCUUCUAAUUUCUUUUAAAUGGUCUAGCUGACUAUUUAGCUAUCUGCCCUAGUAUAUGAGGCUUUGGAAACUCUGAAGGGUGAUACUAUUUAUUUGUAUGUUGGGUGUAAUUGGUUCAUGGGGGUUCAGUCUGUGGCUUUCUUCUGAUAGUAUGUUCAUCAAUAUUUUUAGUUAAUCUUCUGUUUCCGCUAAUACUACGGUGUCAUGCAAAAAAUAUUGUACAAAUAUUAUAUUUCUGUUUAAUAUACCUAAUAACGGGAGUUAAUCUGUAGUCUUGACAUAUUUAUAUUUUUAUAUAAUGGCCUUUUAAUGCAUCUAUGCACAUUUUAAUCUAAAAUUUUACAUUGCUGGAUUAUAUUACAGCAUUUUUUAAAAUGAAUUCUAACAGAACUUUAAAUCACAAAAAAGAGAGAGUGGCACUUGCGGAGUGCCAGAAGUGAAUACUUCUUAUAGAUUCGAUUAUAUUCGGUUUGCUUCAAUUUGAUUCCAUUCGAUUCGACUCACUUUAUUUAAUUUUAUUUAUAUAUACAGAGUAUAGAGUGAGUUUUAUGUAUGGAACGCCCCAAUUAUCUCGGAAACGGCUUGCACCAUUUUUUAGAUUGUGGUGGGUAAGGGUCUUCUAACGCGGCCGAUAUUGCAGUGGCAUUUACAUUGUUGCCAAAUCUUCCGUUUUUCUUGAAAUCUAAUGAACUUUCUUAUUUCAAAUAGAACACACUGUAUAUUUCUUUCCUUUUGAAAUCCAUAAAAAAUACUGAUUAUUUUUCAUAUAAUAUUCCCUAUACCUAAAUGCCGUAAUUUGGGAGUUACUACAUUUAUUUAUGAAAAAAUAUAAAACAAAUUAUUAUAAAAAUAAAUUUUUUUCGGUCCGGGAAAAUACUAUUUUAGGUUCUUUGGAUCAUUGAGAACAAGGUAAUUUUUUUUCUAAAAUUGAUCAUUUUCGAGUUAUAUAUAAUUUAAAACUGAAAAAAAUACGAUUUUCAAGGCUCAAAAACAGAAGUAAAAAAUAUUAAAUUUGAAAUUACGAAGUAUCUAAAUUCAAAUUCAAACCUUAUUUUAUUAGUUCCCGAUAAAUAAUUUGAGCUUAUUUAAUUUUAAAACAUUGUUUUUAGUUUUUAAGGACUUAUUAUGUCUGUGAAAACGACACGUACAUAAAAUAAAUGAUGGGUGAGUCUAUUACUCCCGUUAAAAGGGUAAGCCGUUACAAAAGUAAGAUUUUUAACGUGCCCAAGUUAAUAAAUUUCUUUCAAACUGUGUAUACUCAAACUCAAAACUGUAUUUUUAAACAUCUUAUUUAUUUUUUAUAAUAAUUAAAUUCACUAUCAAAAUUAUAUUUAUUAAUAAUUAAAUUAAAAUUAAGUCUGCCUCUGACGUAUAUGUCAAACUCGAACGUAAACAACGUAUAGGUAUGAUUUUUUGUUACAUACAAACAUUACAUUCUAAUAAUUUAUUAUUAUUAUUAUUAUUUGAAUAUAUAAUAUAUUGACUAUAUUGUGCAACACGUGCAGAAAGGUACUAAUUUCUCACGAGUUUGAAAAGUUGCGGUACGAGCGCAAGAGAGUGCUGCAAUUCAAACGAGUGAGAAAUUACCUUUCUGCUCGUGUUACACACUACUUUUUCUACAACCACAGUUUUUGCUAAAAAUAAAAAUCACAAUUUCUCAACGAAGAUUUAUUAUAAUAAUAAAUUAAAAAGUUUAAACUGUAUUUAAUUAAUACUAAUCAAAUUAAAAUCCUUAUACCUAAACAAAUUACACAGAAAUCAGUUGAAAAUUUAGGGCACUGCCUUAAUUUAUUUGAAUUUAAACGAUUUUAAAUAAUUACUACAAAAUAAUGUCACAUUUGACGUUAUUUAUGCAGUCACGGAUUUCCACCAAACCUACUUCAUUCGACGUAUCUUUCUGAGGUUGCUAAAUCCUUAUUGGUUACUUGAUAAUUAUAAAAUGUUUAUUAACAAUAAAAUUGUAAAAUAAAACAGGUGUAACAUCCAUAAUUUGAUUUCUAUUCGAUAAUUAAGUAUAAUAAUUUUGUUUAUAGGUUGUAUAUUUGUCUAAACUUUAACCACAGAUGUAAACAGAAUAUAUAACGUUACUCAGAUAGAGGUAGUCAUUUGUAAAAUACCAAAUGUAAAAUUCAAAAAUAAUAUUAAAGUAGCGAAUUUUCCAGAUUUCUCGGACAUGAGUUAAAUCGGUUCUUUUUUAAAAAGCACUAUUAAAUCUAAUAUCUUAAAUAAAACCAUUUCAUCAAAACAUGUUAUAAUUAUAUUUUUUAUGAUUUUAUUGUGGAAUGUAACGGUACUGUGCAGAAACGAACUUUCCGGCACAGAAACGUCACUUUUCUGCACACUAAUGUCAUAUGUCUUACACUGUGAGAAAAUACAUAUCAACUUUGUUAACAUAAAACUAUGCAGAAAAGUGCAUUUUGAAUAGUGGUUGUAGAAAAUCAAAAUUUGUUUAAAUCCAAAUAAUAAAUAAUAUAAUUCCUUGAUUCAAUUUAAAUAAGUAUAUGGAUACGUACCUGUAUUAUGAUUAAACGCAAACUAACCUCUAGCGUCACUUUUUUUUAAUGACGCUCUUGCGUCACGAUUUUUAAUGACGCCAAAUACGACUUUAAACCCGACAAAAUUCCAUACUGAACGAUAAGAAGUAUUCACUUCAAAAACACUUGGUACAAAAAAUUAACUCUAUCUAUCAAUGAAUCAUAUAAAACUAUUUCGUAUUUUUGUAAAGUAAGUUCGAAACAUAGGACCAAAAAUUGCCUUAUUAAUCAUUUUUAUAUUUUUAUAGCUAUGUUGCUGAGUCUUAACCUUUUUAAGUACUUUAAAAAAAGCUUUAAAAUUUCAGAGAGUGGCCAUUUAUUGAUUUAUGUGAAAUCAUAUCAGUCGAACUAUUACUAAUAUUUUUUAUUCUUUAUACGAUUGUAUUGUUAGUGUUUAGUCCUUUUAUAAAAAAUUUUAAUUAUGUUAUACAUAUGUUGUAUACAAAUAUAUAUCAUGCUAUUUU